UUAGAGUUCCGAAACUGUACAAUGAUAAGUAUUAAAUUUUAGUUGUCAAUGUCAUUCCCUAAUAUACGCUCUUGUCAAAAUUACACAAGAAAACUACUUUUUUGACGAAAAUAUGAAUUUUUGUGAAAACUCUCGUAGUUUCGGCGUAAUUGUUGUUUAAAAAUUAAAAAUUUUAAAAAGUGGAACAUUUUUUCUAGGGAUUUUUUUCACGCAGCCCUUAAUAGAUUCAAAAUUAGGCGCGAGUACGAUCACGAUCGUAAAAUCGACAGGACUGGAAACUAGUUUCAAAAUUGAAUUAAAAAAUCUUGAUCUCGAUGUAUUUUAGAGGGCAAAUAUCUUGUGCUAAUUCUAAACCGGAAUUUUAUUUGUCUACAAAGUGCCAAAAUAAGUUUGUUUCGUGAAUAUGGUCACGUCACGCCGCACGCAUUCUGACAAAAAUAAUGUGGAUUUAAGUAGAUUUAUUUAAGCAGCGAAAGUGUGCACCUGGACAACUAUUGCAGAAAUUUGAGGUUAUAUUUACAAACCAAGUCAUGGCAAAUGUCUUAGCACGAAGAUUUUUCACCAGGAAUUUAUUUAAAUUUAAUGAAUUGGCUCAAAUGACAACACUCAGUAGAUGCACUGCUACUGUCAUCAUAAAUUUUAAGCAGAAUAAUGGUACUCUACAUCCAAGAAUAAAUCAAAAUUUACUCCAACCAUUCAAAACUACCAAUAUUCAGUUCUAUUCUGAUCUGGGUAAAAAUAAGAAAAAACCUUCUCUGUUCCAAAGAUUCAAGCAGAUGUAUAAAGACUACUGGUACGUCCUUGUCCCAGUUCAUCUCGUCACUUCAGCAGCAUGGUUUGGUGGUUUUUAUUAUUUAGCCAAAAGUGGUGUGGAUAUUGUGGGAAUUUUAGAAUCAUGGAACAUUAGUGAAAGAAUUGUGAAUCCAUUGAGAGACUCAAGUAUGGGCUAUGUUGCUGUGGCUUACGCUCUUUACAAAAUAGCCACGCCGGCGAGAUACACAGUCACAUUAGGAGGGACGACGAUUUCAAUAAAUUAUUUGAAAAAGUGGGGCUACAUCAAACCAGUCCCCAGCAAAGAAAGACUCAAAGAAAUGUACUUUGAACAGAAAGACAACUUGUUGGAAACCGUAAGGGAGACGAAGGAAGGUCUAAAAGACAAGAAAGAGAACAUCAUUGAAGAUUUGGAUAAGGGUAUUAAGCAAAUUGGCGACAAAAUCAAGGGUAAAGACACAAUUGUUGACGAUGUUAAGAAAAAAACGAAAGGGUCUAAAGAUAAGGGCUAAUUUUAUGUUUACAUAGUUUAUAAGAUAUAAAAUAUAUUUUAUGUAGGAAGCA